CUACUGAACAGCUGGCCGUUGACAUUUUAUUCGUAUUUUAUGGCUAUUGACCAUAGAUUAGAAGUAUAUAAACAAAACAAGAGUGGGAAAUGGAUAAGUUAACUACAAUCAGUGCUACUCUGUUUCUUGCCGCCGAUGUCUUUGCAAUAGUUAGUUUAGCAAUGCCGGAUUGGAUUGUAACCGAGGAGGCAGGGGAUAUACGUCUUGGUUUGAUGUGGACUUGUAUGACGCUUUAUAAUCGUUCACAAGUCUGUUAUACUCCUGAACUACAGCCGGAGUGGUUAUUAGCGCUCGUAUGCAUAUUUAUUGGAUGUAUUUGCAUAACAACAACUGUAAUACUAUUAGCAUCGAGCACUUGGGAUCGUAAUGUCAUACCCUACGCCCGAUGGGUAGGAUUUACCGCUAUGGUAUUGUUCUGUUUAGCUGCAGUGGUUCUGCCACUAGGUUUUCAUAUCGAAGAGAUUGGUGGUCAAGCCUACCAGCUGCCCAAUACAUAUAAAAUUGGCAUUUCGUACAUAUUGUUUGUGUUGGCUCUAUGGAUAACAGUUGUUUCUGAAUUGUUCGCAGGAAAAGUAUGUCUGCCACAUUUUUAAUAAAAAAUGCUAUAAAAAGAUAGAUGAAAAGAGAAAGAAUGUGGAGUUUGGGAAAUUUCAGCUGCUAUCUACAAUAUUUGUGAAAAGUUGACUUUUCUCUAUUCUAGUUUAUUCUCUUUGCAACUGGCAUUUAUUCUCUGUUAGUUUAAACGAUGGAAUGCUACAAAGUUUUAUAAUAAGUACAACAUUGAUUAUAAGAUUUUUGCUUAUUAAAAUUAUGGUUUGUUUGUUUGUUUCUUUAUACCAUCUGCACAUAUUUACAUACGCAUACUUAUACGAUUCGGGCUUACGCUGGAAGAGUGUCAUUAUCCGCAUGGUAUCGCGACAUCCGGGCUUAGUCUUAAAUUUACUAUUAUCAUUAUUUUUAUUUCUUUAUCAGGUAAUAAUUUGUUUACAAUUUCGGCAGAAAAGAAGAGCUGGCGAUUGUUUCGGCAUGCUUAUGAGACUUUUGACUUUCAAUAGCUCAUUCAAUCAUAGUUGAAUCCAAUGCGUAACUGGAAUCGUUGAAAUCAUUUCCGUUUAAUUGAAUCGAGCGAUGACAAAUUUUACCAGUACGUCACAUUGUGCUCUUCAGUAGGCAGGUAUUGGUGGUAGUAGUAGAGAAGCAAUUGGAGUUAUGUCUCCUACACAUCAAGAACAAGAAAAAUUAUAAAAAGCAACCUUGGAGGUUUAUAGAAUAUGCCAUCCAACAUCUCCAGUGAAUUAUAAAAACUAAUAGGUUACGUGGUAACUAGCAAGCCGUCGUAAUAAUAAUAAAACUAGCUGACUUACAGAGAAGCGAAUAAAUAAAUUAAAAUGCAUGCACAGUUGGAUUCCACUAAUUACGCCUGCAACAUUUUGAUCAGUAUUGGCUAUUUUUCUUGGAAUACUUGAAACUUAGCCUUAGGUAUGAAAUAUGGAUACAACGUUCUCGUAUUAAAAAUUUGUAUAAAAAAAAAUUAAAUGCUAGUUGUGAGCUCUUUUAAAAAAUAAGUCGCGCGUACACUUCUGUUAGGUGUUUGGUCCAGCUCUUCCUCCUAUUUCUGGUGUGCGUCUUGAUGUUCCACAAGUGGGUUCUCUUGGUAUAAAUAUUAAAAGCCUUCUUAUAGAUGUAUGCAAAAAGCUCUGCUAAAAAUGAAGGCUCUUUCAGCAAAACUUUCUCCCUUUAUCUUUCUUCUAAAAUGCAUUAGUUCUCGAUUUCAUACAUUUAUUUUAAUAAAAAUAUAAAACUUUGAAAUAGAAUUACACUACCAAAUAGUAAUAUAGAUGUGAAUUUUAUUUACAACUCAGACUUAAUGAUAACAGUGCUGUAUUAAGAAAUUUAGAAUUAACUACAUACAUUAUAUUGUAUGGACAAUUGAAAUUUCACCAAAUUAAGAAAAUAUUUUAAAAUAUUGUAUGCAUCUGUUAUAACUUAAUAUAAAUGUGUUAAAAUAUAAUGCUACAAACAUAUAACUUUCACAAUUUAUGCCUAGAUAGGUGGGUAUGAAUUUGUUAAAUUGUUUACUGUUAUUUCAUUUACAAUUGCAUGUAUUCAAUAAUUUGUAUAACGUAGAAUUUAAAAAAACCCAAUCUUAGUUAGUUUGGUAGAGAAUACCGCGAACUCUUCAUACGGCAUACAACAUUCAAGAAAAUUAUUCAAAUAUUUAUAACAUUACGGUGCCGAAAAGUAAAUUUCGUGGACUAUUAAAAUAUCUUUAUUGAUUGUGACUAGUUCUAAAAAAUAUACAAUUUUUUUAUGGCUCAAUGGCUUACUUUAAAUUAGAUAUUUGGGUGUACAAUAAGGGUAGAGUUUAUUUAUAUUAUAACAGGAUUUUGUAACUUAUUUGAUGACAAGAAUUUAAAUAUUUAAGCUAUACCCAUUAAUAACACUUCAGCUUUCCGACUAAGAGAAAGUCAAAUUUCCUGUUUUUAUUGUACUUAUUUCAAAUGACUAAAAACACAAUUAUGGUAUUAAGUAAUGAAAGUAGAAAACUGUCGGUUUCGUUUGUAUAAAAACAAUUUUAAACAAGUGAGUUAAGCAGGAAAUUAAAAAAGAAAUCGAUCUUCAAAUUUUGCCAUCAAAUUGUAUGCAUUUAAAAUUUUCUCUACUUUUAUUUCAUUUUAUUCUCAGUAUUGUAUACUCUUUGUUCAUCAAGUUAUGUAUGGGUGUAAAUAUUAUAUGCCACUAGGAUUUUAAUUAGUUACAAAUACAUUUCAUAAUAAAUACGCUAUAAGGAUCUCUUAUUGUUUCGCUGCA